UAUCCUUUGCAAGUGUAUUGAUGUCCUUCAUCAUGGACACUUGGAUAUCUCCUCUGCAAAACAAAGCAUGAGCUCAUCUCACGAAACCCUAACUUAUAGCCCCUUUAUACUUAUCUUUUUGAUCAUCUAAAUUCGACCCAUUUCGAUUCAACAUCAUUCAUUAAUACCCAUUUAAUCAAGUUUCGAUCUUGCCUCAAUUUUCGUCCGAUUUUGCUUCUCAUCCAUGUUUAGGGAUUCAGAGAUUUAACAAGAAAGCAUGAACUUGGAAGCUUACUUAUUUAAUCGCAUAUGGAAAAUUCAUCAGUGUGUUUUGGGCUUAAUGACAUAAACACAAGUGAUGUCACUAUUCGUCUAAGGAACAACAAAGGAAAACCCGAACUGUUUUAUUCACAUUCGUCGAUUCUCAAAGAAAAAAGCAAGUAUCUUGCAGAUAAACUCGUGGACCCAGAUUGCGGUGCUUUUAUCGAUAUCCACUGCUCACAUUACGAUUAUGAGCACCAUGUUGACCUAUUGAAACGUCUUUAUCUUUCGAAAGAUUCUCUCUUGGAAUCUUGGGAUUCCGUCCACUCUGCUCUUGGUGUUCUUCAGUUAGCAGUCGAAUUUAACUGUCGGGAAAUCACCGAAAGCUGCGUUCAGUACUUGGAAGCCGUCCCGUGGGAAGACAAAGAAGAAGACUUAAUCUUGCAAGUAGUUCCGAAAUUGGGUCCUGUUGCGAUGUCAAUUUUAGCUCGGGUUCAACCUGUUGACUUUUCCGCUACGAAAAACGUAUUCAUCUCAGCCAUCCGUUUCGCCACGUCAGUCGUUUCCCCAUCACCGCCUUUUGGCGAUGAGUUGAAAACUUCGGCUCAAGAACAAGUGGAAUACAUGUUAGGUGAUGACGAUGAAGAAAUCCCGUUAGUCAUAGCAGACGAAGAAGUCAAAUCAGAGUCAAAGAAAGGGCUUAAGAACAUUUGGUCGUCAAUCGAUAAAGAUCUUUCGUGUUUAGUUCUACAGACUGACGACGAGUCGGCCGAGAAGAGAGUAAUGCAGUCUCUUUCGGAUCUUGGUUGGAUAUGCAACGUUCUUUCGAAGAUGGACCUAAUGAAAGAAUUUGUUGACCAAUGGAUUGACUUUUCCAGUCGGGUGAUUCGGAUUAUGGAUGACAAAUUAUUGGAAAGUAGCAUGUGGGGUGUGAAGUUAAAGAUUAUAGAAUUAACUUGGAAGGUAUUAGACGCGGUCGGGUAUGGAAACGUGAUCGUUCCCCCCGCGCGUCGUGUGGAGUUAGUGACAACAUGGCUUCCGUUCAUCAGAAAAACGAAACCCGUUCUUGAUUCGAUAGGGAACGAGGAAACGGGGUAUCCUUACAAGAUGGAUGAUGAUUUAUGCCAGAAUAUUGAAGGGGCGAUUGUGGCGUUACUAUCGGCACUUCCGUCGAACGAUCAAGCGGAUAUUUUGGCGGAUUGGAUGAAUGAGGAGCAAUUGAAGUAUCCGGAUUUAAGUGAGGCUUUUGAGAUUUGGUGUUAUAGAACAAAAUCAGCAAGAAGAAGAUUGGUUGAAGGGUUGGAUAGAGUUGGUAAAGCUACUGUGAGCUUGUAAGAUUAUUACUAUUACUAUGUUAAUUGUUAAAAAGGUUAAAGAAAGAACCUUGAUUUUGUUGUAUGCAAAUGUUAAUUGUUAAAAAGGUUAAAGAAAGAACCUUGAUUUA